AAUUAAGGAGAGAUCAUGUCUCAGCUAGUUGGGAAGGUAGAUAUUGAAGUAGAGAUCAAGGCAUCUGCUCGUGCAUUUUACGAGGUUCACACCGAAAGAUUAUACGACUCACCAAAACUUUGCCCUCACUAUAUUCCGAGGGUUGAUUUAGUUGAAGGUGGAUGGAGAGAUGUGGGGUCGGUUAUGGACUGGUAUCUCCUCUGGGAGGGGAAAACUGUAAUUUCAAAGGAGAUAUAUGAGCACAAAGAUGAUGAAAAAUUGUCAGUCACUUUCAAAGUAAUAGGAGGAUUACUGAUGGAGGCGUUCAAAAGUUUCAAGUUCAUUAUUCAAGCCACUCCAAAGGAUAAGGGCGGAUGUUUGGUCCGCUGGACACUUGAAUAUGAGAAACUGAAGGAGGACAUUCCAGAUCCAAAAGAAAUGCUUCACUUUGCAGCUGAACUUACCAAAGAGAUGGAUGCUAAUCUUAUCGGCCACUAAGACCUCUACAUAUAAAAACAUUAUGAAUAUUAUAGAUCGAAUUUCAAUAAGACCAUGCAUGCAUGCAUGCAGUA